AUGUGUGACGUUGUUUUAGGAUCCCAAUGGGGUGACGAAGGUAAAGGAAAGUUAGUUGACUUGUUAUGUGAUGACAUUGAUGUUUGUGCUAGAUGUCAAGGAGGAAACAAUGCUGGACACACUAUCGUUGUUGGUGAUAAGAAAUUUGACUUCCAUAUGUUACCUAGUGGGUUAGUUAAUCCUAAAUGUGAAAAUGUUAUUGGAUCAGGUGUUGUUGUUCAUGUUCCAUCAUUUUUCCAAGAAUUGUCCAACUUGGAAUCGAAGGGCUUGGAUUGUCGUGGUCGUUUGUUUGUCAGUUCUAGAGCUCAUUUGGUUUUUGAUUUUCACCAAAGAACUGAUAAAUUGAAAGAAGCUGAAUUAUCGGAAAAUAAAAAAUCCAUCGGUACCACUGGAAAAGGUAUUGGACCAACUUAUUCUACCAAAGCUUCAAGAUCAGGUAUCAGAGUUCACCAUUUGGUUAAUCCUGACCCUAAAGCAUGGGACGAAUUCAAAACCAGAUACACGAGAUUGGUUGAAUCAAGAAUGAAGAGAUAUGGUGAAUUUGAUUAUGAUUAUGAAGAAGAAUUGGCUAGAUAUGCUAAAUACAGAGAAGAGUUGAGACCUUUCGUUGUUGAUACUGUUGAAUACAUGCAUAAUGCUAUUGUCAACAAGAAAAAGAUCUUGAUCGAAGGUGCCAAUGCCUUGAUGUUGGAUAUUGACUUCGGUACUUAUCCAUACGUUACUUCUUCUUCUACUGGUAUUGGUGGUGUAUUGACUGGAUUAGGCAUCCCCCCAAAGACCAUUAGAAACAUUUAUGGUGUUGUUAAAGCCUACACCACUAGAGUUGGUGAGGGUCCAUUCCCAACUGAACAAUUGAAUUCAGUUGGUGAAACAUUACAAGAUGUUGGAGCUGAAUAUGGUGUCACCACAGGGAGAAAAAGAAGAUGUGGUUGGUUAGAUUUGGUUGUGUUGAGAUAUUCAACUUUAAUCAAUGGCUACACCUCAUUAAAUAUUACCAAAUUGGAUGUUUUGGAUAAAUUUAAAGAAAUCAAGGUGGGUGUUGCUUAUAAAUUACAUGGUAAAGAAUUGAAAAGUUUCCCAGAAGAUUUAAUUGAUUUAGGAAAUGUUGAAGUUGUUUAUGAAACUUUACCAGGUUGGGAAACUGAUAUUACCAAAAUCAAGAAUUAUGAAGAUUUACCUGAAAAUGCUAAAAAGUAUCUUGAUUUUAUUGAAAAUUAUCUUCAAGUUCCAAUUCAAUGGGUUGGUACUGGUCCAGCUAGAGAUUCAAUGUUGGUAAAGCAACAUUAG